AUGAGCCGCCUGCUGCUGCCACCUCCUGACCCCUUCCCCUCAUCCCGCCGCCUGCGCCCGGCCCUGCUGAGUACUUGGGAGGAAGCUUCCUGGGAGCCCAACAGAGCUGGCCCGGGAAGCGCUCCCCCCGCCCCCCAGCCCCUCUUGUCCGAGUACCAGCGGCGCAGCUCUCCCCCGCCCGGCCCAGACCGGCUUGGCAACCAGCUCUGCCAGCCCCCCCCAACCCCCUCCAAGGAAACUGCCCCCGCCCCGGCCCUGGGACCCACCAGAUCUGCAGGCCGGCUGCCCGGGCUGCACGGUGCCUCCGGAGCCCCCUCGCCGGGCAGGCAGGUCGCUGCAGUCCCUCGGAGCGCGGGCGGCCGGGAGCUGGAGCUGGGCAGUGGAGAGGGAGCCAGAGCCCCCCGGGGAAGUGAAUGUGGGGGAAAGGCUGCGAGCGGGGAGGGGCUCAGAGGGCGUCUGCUGGAACAGCCCCGGCUGCUGCCAAGCUCCGCGUUGCCCGCCGGCCGGGAUCCGGCCUCCCGGGGGCAGCCUCCCACCCCCCCUGACUCCUCCCCAGCCCUCCCCCCGCCCGGCCGACACCCCCAUCCCCCAUCCCCCCCGGCGGGGCCCGCGCCGCUGCUCCCCGCCUGUCCUCACCCCCUGGCCGGGGUGCCCCUGCGCCCUGCGCUGCCCUCCCGGUCCCCCCAGCCCAAUCCCGGCAGCCUCGGAGCCGGGCCGCUGUCCCCACCCCCGGAGACACCGCUCCGGACACAACUCGCAGAGCAAAGGUCCCGGCGCUGCUGGCUGCUCCGGCCCGCGAUUGCGACACCCGCGAACUGGCGAGCGCCCACACGCACGCAACCUCCCCCUCUGGGCCGGGGCCAAGGCUCUGUCCGCUCCCGCCCGGCAGCCCCGGACUACCUGGCCCGGAGGCGGCAGCCCGGGAGCGGCCCCGGAGAGCCGCCCUGCGCGCAGGUGGGAAGCGAAAGCGAACUUCGGAGCGGCCGCCGAUCCCACCCCCUGCGCGCCCCGGCGCCCGGGGCCCGAGCUGGGGGGUGGGGGCGCAAGCCCGGAGCUGGGAAGGACCGGGAGGUCACGGGCAAGCGCGAGCGCUCGGUUUUUACAGCCGGUGACUCGCCCGUGCAAAAGUCGAUUCCAGACCCGGUCCUCGAACUCUCUACAACUCCCUUUGCGUCGCCGGGAGUAAUGACCUCGAGUGCAAAGCGCUAG